AUGCGCAAGACACAACAGCUAAUGUCAUCUUUCCAGCUAUGUCUUGCUCACUACUGCGACCUCCAUGGCCCGACCCCUCUGAUGGUCACUGAGGGCCUACCGGCGCCAUGUACCAUCUGCUGCGAGGAUGGCAUAGACCCUGCCGAUGCCCGACCUCGAUCCAGCGCGCAUGCGACUGGACCCACGUCCCAUUCCUCGGCCGCCCUCAACGACGCCUUGAGGAACCUCAACCUCUCCCGGAGCGCAUCGGCGCCGGCCUCUGAACAUGAUGCCCAGGCGCAGAGAGCCGCGCUGCUGCGAACCUCUAGCUCGGGCGCUGCCGCAACUCCGUCCGCCAUCGAUACUCCUCCCGAUAGCCCGCGGCCGGUUCCGCCCCAACACCCCCGACGCGAUUCGAGUUUCCGAAGAACCUAUGACGAGACGGUUACGAAGAAGCAAGGUCCUUGCGAAAACUGCGCCAUGACCCUGCCCAAGCAACAGGGAGGAUCAAACAACAUACAUUUCGCCAACAACGCUCGCGGACCGACCCUGCGCACACGCGCUCCGGCGGAACGGGUUUUUGGUGCUAGCGGCCAGGCGUCGCCUCCCAACUCCCAGCCGUCUAGUGAUACCGAUGGCGAGCGGGAUGAGGGUCCCCGGGCGCGGACGAGGACGACUCCCUCUGUCAGUUCGCGGAACACCUCUCGCUCCAGCGGUAGCGCCGGUACGGGCAAUUCGUCGGCAGCGGACCGAACUCCUUUCCACGUCCACUAUGUCGACUAUACCUCGACGCACGAUCCGGUCCUACCCGACUCCUUCUCCCUCAUCCGCGCUUCAUGUCUGCGUACUCUGUCGUUUGAAACGUUACCCCGGGCUCCUGCUACGGCCACACCCGUGUCACCCCUAUCGGCGACUUCUCCGGCGUUUGUCACGACGCAGAGCGCCGGCUCGGCUGUCACGGGCGGCCCCAUCUUUUUCGGUGAUGCCCUGGCCGGGUACACGACGGCUUAUAUCUUCCGGAUUCCCGAUGUCCACGCGCGCGGCCACAAGCGCGUCUACGCCUUUCUGGCCCUGAGCACUCAUAGGGAAAGACUUGCCAUGAAGACAUUUGCUGUGGUUUCGACGGCGUUCCGCGAUCUGGCUACAUGGAUCCAGCAGCUCGCUGAAGCUGAGGCCGAACGGGCGGCCGAAUCCUCGCCAAUCGGCAGCAACAUGUACGGGGGUGGCUAUGCACCUCAGCAAUCGGCUGUCGAGUCGGCUGGUGGUCCUGAUCGCGGCGGAAGCAGCUUUCUGACAGGCGGCAGCGGGUUCACCCGAAGGAUGGGAGGUGGCCCUGGUGCCUCGGCCCCCAAAGCCCGUGGCCUGGCGGAGAUUGUCGGACGCCCCGACAUCUUCUUUGACUUGCACAGCCGCUUUGUUCACCUCCUAUUUGAAGUUGGUGUUACUCUGAGCUCGUAA